AUGGCUGCGGCCGCUGAAGCCGCAUUGCCCGUCGUCGAUCUGCGGUCCUUCGACUCGGUUGAGAGCCUUGCGGUGGAGUUGAUGCGCGUCGGCAAGGACCCUGGCUUUUUUUAUGUCGUUGGUCACGAACUCGGCGACGACGUAGCAGCCGGGCUGUUCUCUCUCGCCGAGUCGUUUUUCAGCUCACCCCUGAAAGACAAGUUGGUUUACGCCAAUGGCAGCGGCGACUUGGGCUAUACCGGAAUGAGAGAAGAGACACUGUCCGGAGCUGGACCAGGCGAUGUCAAGGAAUCGUUCUACCUCGCAGAUCCCGGGAAGGCGUCCCAGAUGCUACCCGCCCAGCUAGAGCGCGGACGCCAGACUUUGACUACCUUCUUCUCUGGCUGUGACAAUUUGGCAAAGACUUUGUUGGAAGCAAUAGCCGUUGGCUUGGGCAUGCCAAGAGACUUCCUGUCCAAGGCCCACACCGGUGAGAGCCAUCGAUUGCGGCUGAUCAACUACCCCUCUGUCUCUCAACUCUCAUUUCCCGAUCCCACGUCGGCAGCGCCGGAGCCCGAAGACAUCCGCGCGGGCGCUCACUCGGACUACGGCUCGCUUACGCUCCUCUUCCGACAGCCCUCCGAUCAGGGAGGAUUGCAGGUUCAGCGGCAUGGUGCUUGGGUCGAUGUCCCAUGCAUACAGGACGCCAUCGUGGUCAAUAUCGGGGAUGCGCUGGAAUUCUGGACCGCGGGCAGGCUGAGGUCGACGGUGCAUCGAGUGGCUUUUUCGAGGUCUGCGAGCGAGAACGUGGGGAGGUUGAGCAUUCCGGUCUUCAUACAACCUGAUCGCCAUGUUUUGCUGGAGCCUUUCAAAGACCGAGGCAAACCGGUCAGCGAAGAGGGCGUUGUUGACCCUGAAUUCUUGGAUGUGCUCAAGAGGAAAGGAUAUGGGAGUGCCAAGCCCGUUACGAGCUGGCAGCAUCUUGAGAGGAGGAUAAAGGCCACCUAUGGCAAGACGUGA